UGCAAGAGGGUCGGAGAGGCUGCCACGUGGAUUCAUCCGUUUCACGCACGCCGGAAGAUAUUUCAGUCACUAAUACGCCGUCGUGUGCUCGCUCUGUCCCCCGCAGCAAGCCAGCGCCCUCACUUUCGCGCGAAAUUAAUCAGUGAAAUCAGUCCAGACAUCAGGCAAAUUGCUACCCGCUCUCUGUUGAAUCCGGGGGAGCAUUUCCAGUAUCAAUCGCAUCGAAAUUUCGCAGUAGCAGUGAAGAAAAUGGCUGUUGUUUCAGUGUUCAGAGGCAUAACCGUACAUAGUCGCUCGUCUUUCUUUCACCAUCCUCAGUUUCCAACUACUAGGGUAUCAAGUCAACCAAGGAAGCUCAAUGGUCGCUCUAAUGGAUUGACUCUUUUUGCUCGAUAUUCACAAACUCAGGGUCUUUUUACGUCCCGGCUCCAGGACAGUAUGACGAACCUGCCAAAACUUGUGGAGGAUAUCAUCCAGACUUCAAUCAAUACUGGUCCACGUGGAGCCCUAAGGCUAGCUCAAGGUAUUCAAGCUGUUGUUGGGGUAGGUACUGAGUGGCUAGCAGAUGUAUCAAAGUCAACAAAUUCUUCCGCUGGAAUACCAACUCAGUUGCAGCUUGGGUUACUAUCCCCACUGUAUCUCAGGAGAUUGUUUGAACGCAUGGGUGCUACCUAUAUCAAAUUAGGUCAGUUCAUAGCAUCGGCACCCACAUUGUUUCCUCCAGAAUACGUCCAGGAAUUUCAAUAUUGCUUUGACAGAGCUCCGGCAGUUCCUUUUGAAGAGAUCCAGAAAAUCCUGCGUGAGGAAUUUGGGAGACCAAUAGAUAGUAUUUAUGAGUAUGUGGAUCCAACACCAAUUGCCUCAGCCUCAAUAGCGCAGGUUCAUGGAGCAAGGCUCAGAGGCUCCCAGGAGGACAUAGUGAUUAAGGUUUUGAAACCUGGAAUAGAAGAUAUAUUAGUAGCAGAUCUGAACUUUGUAUAUGUUGUUGCCCGGAUAUUGGAGUUCUUGAAUCCUGAACUGAAUCGCGCAUCGCUGGUGGGCAUUGUCAAAGACAUCAGGGAGUCAAUGCUUGAAGAAGUUGACUUCAAUAAGGAGGCUGCAAAUAUUGAGUCCUUCAGGAGAUAUUUAGAGGUCAUGGGGCUUACAAGGCAGGCUACAGCUCCAAAAGUGUAUAAGCAAUGCAGCACUCGUAGAGUUCUGACAAUGGAAAGGCUUUAUGGAGUUCCUCUUACUGACUUGGACUCCAUAAGCUCACUUGUUUCGAGCCCAGAGGCUAGUCUUAUAACUGCCUUAAAUGUGUGGUUUGGCAGCUUGCUUGCAUGUGAAACCUUCCAUGCAGAUGUACAUGCAGGCAAUUUGUGGCUGUUGCGUGAUGGACGUAUUGGGUUUCUUGACUUUGGAAUUGUUGGACGCAUAUCCCCAAAAACAUGGACUGCAAUGGAAAUUUUUUUGGCAUCAAUUGCAACUGAAGAGUAUGAAUCAAUGGCAUCUGCCUUAAUUGAAAUGGGUGCAACAAACAAGGAUGUUGAUUCCAAGGCCUUUGCAAGAGAUCUGGAAAAUAUAUUUUCAUCAAUACAGGAUUUGGAUACAGAAAUUGUUGUUGCAGCGGCCAGGGGAACAAAUACCAAUGCAGCUGCUGUAUCUGCUAAUAUAGUUGUUGAUGAGAGGCAAAUGAAUGCAUUAUUUCUGGAUGUGGUUCGAGUUAGUGAAUCGUAUGGCUUGAGAUUUCCCCGGGAGUUUGCACUUCUCAUGAAGCAGCUUCUCUAUUUUGAUCGGUACACUCGACUGUUAGCUCCCAACUUGAACAUGCUUCAGGAUCAGAGGAUUUCCAUUGUCUCAAAUAGGAGAAAUAGAAGCAUGUACCAAUGAAGCAGUCUACAAGACAUACCAAGUUGAUAUAAUGUUCUGCUGAUAGGUACUCUUCACUAUUUUGUAAAUAUUACCAAAAGAAUCAGACAAAGUCAUACCACAUACAACCUCAGAAACUCUGAAUUUUUUGUUUCAUACAGGAAUUUGAUAUAGAUGAGAAAGAAGUUGAACA